UCCUCGCUCUUCAGUUAGUUGCAAUUCAAUUGCACUGCUCAGUAGGGAUCUGGAGACUUCAGCAGCAGCACCAGGGUACAACCUUAAAAUAACAUCUCUCUUCCGGAAGAGCAGUAGUAAUUUGUGGAGGAGAAUCUGGCCAAGGCGCACUGACAGGUGGAGCCAAAACACCAACAGCCUCCCCUGUGCAAUCUACUUUGAGUUUGUAGCAUCUCGUGAUAUUGUGCCUAGGACCAGUGAAUUCAUUCUGCUCGUCUUGGUGCCGAGGUUUUAGCAAGAUAUUGACCAUCUCAAGCAGCCUAACCAUGUCUAAAAAGAGAUCCAUCAUGCUGAAGAGCUGGGAGUUUCAGAAGAUAUUGAUGCUCAUUGUGCAGUUUAAAGCAAGUUGCCUGGCUUAUUCAGAAUGAAGGUUUGGUGGAUAUUAUUUGAGCAGAGAUGUCGGUGCCUUUACUCAAGAUUGGGGUUGUAUUGAGCACUAUGGCGAUGAUUACUAACUGGAUGUCACAGACCCUGCCGUCUCUGGUGGGUCUGAACACGACCAAGUUAUCGGCUGCCAACGCUGGUACCUUGGACCGAAGCACAGGAGUGUUGCCAACCAACCCCGAGGAAAGCUGGCAAGUGUACAGCUCUGCCCAGGACAGCGAAGGUCGAUGUAUAUGCACAGUGGUAGCACCUCAGCAGACGAUGUGCUCUAGGGAUGCCAGGACUAAGCAGCUAAGACAACUUCUAGAAAAGGUGCAAAAUAUGUCCCAGUCAAUAGACGUAUUGGACAGGCGGACCCAGAGAGACCUUCAGUACGUGGAGAGAAUGGAAAAUCAAAUGAAGGGUCUGGAAUCCAAGUUUAAACAGGUUGAAGAAUCUCAUAGACAACACCAGGCGAGGCAGUUUAAGGCAAUAAAAGCGAAAAUGGAGGAACUUAGGCCUCUGAUUCCAGUGUUGGAAGAGUACAAAGCCGAUGCCAAAUUGGUAUUACAGUUUAAAGAGGAAGUCCAGAAUCUGACGUCAGUUCUUAACGAGCUACAGGAGGAGAUUGGAGCCUUUGACUACGAGGAACUACAGAGCAGAGUGUCAAAUCUUGAAGAGCGGCUCCGUGCCUGCAUGCAAAAAUUAGCUUGUGGUAAACUUACAGGCAUCAGUGACCCAGUUGUUAUAAAGACGUCUGGCUCCCGGUUCGGCUCCUGGAUGACAGACCCUCAGGCUCCAGAAGGAGAUAACAGAGUUUGGUAUAUGGAUGGCUACCACAAUAACCGUUUUGUCAGAGAGUACAAAUCCAUGGAAGAUUUUAUGAACACUGACAACUUUACCUCUCAUCGUCUCCCACAUCCAUGGUCUGGGACGGGACAAGUUGUAUAUAAUGGUUCAAUUUAUUUCAACAAAUUCCAAAGCCACAUAAUCAUCAGGUUUGACUUGAAAUCAGAGACAAUACUGAAGACACGUAGCCUGGACUCAGCUGGCUACACCAAUGUCUAUCACUAUGCUUGGGGAGGACAGUCAGACAUUGACAUUAUGGUGGAUGAGAAUGGAUUGUGGGUAGUCUAUGCCACUAACCAAAAUGCUGGAAACAUUGUUAUCAGCAAGCUGGACCCCAAUACACUCCAGAUUCUCAAGACCUGGAGUACUGGAUAUCCCAAGAGAAGUGCAGGUGAGGCUUUCAUGAUCUGCGGAACACUCUAUGUCACCAAUGGUUACUCAGGUGGUACCAAAGUGCAUUAUGCUUACCAGACAAAUACAUCCACCUAUGAGUAUAUUGAUAUUCCUUUCCAAACCAAAUACUCCCACAUCUCUAUGUUGGACUAUAACCCAAAAGACAGAGCUCUAUAUGCAUGGAACAACGGACAUCAGGUACUUUACAACGUAACUCUAUUCCAUGUCAUCAGAUCUGACGAGUUGUAGCCAGUCCUGCGACCUAUGAACUGGCCGCGAACGUAGGACGAUAAGAACUUGCUUAUGUGAAGAAGCAGUUGCCAAAAUUAAACUGUCUUUGUGAUGGGUUGCAAAUGACUAAAUGGCAUGGAUACCUAGCUGUACCCUCUGAAAAUCAAUACCACAGACCAUGGAGAUCAUUUUGUGAACUUUUAAAUAAAGACUAUAAACAUAAUAUAUGAGGCAGUGACUGUUGAAAAUGAUCUGUAAUGAACAAUAUCUUGUGACUGGUUUAAGUGGUUAAAGAACUUUUAAAAGGCAAAUGGGAUGAUAAUAUUCCUAUUAUGAAAGGAAAAUUACUAGCUGACGCCAUUGCUGGAUUAACCCCCUGGAUAUCUAUAUCCGUUUGGUGAUUUUAAAGUAGAAAAUUCACUUAUUUUUUUUUUCUAGAUUAAACCAGGCUGAGAUUCCCAAAGUAGUGUGACUACUUAACAAUGUGUCUUAGUGGUUUCUUAAUUUGAUGGGGUUAAUUUACAUUUCCAGCAAAGGGCAGUAGUUGUCUAUAUUGUUUAAACUUAUGUAUUCUGAAUAAAAUAUAUAAUGUAUAAUGUUUGUUGUAAUCAAAAGUAUUCAAAUGUGUUUUGUCUGUUCACGCAAUGAAUGUUGUUCAAUUUGAAGUAGUUUGGAUUUACUAAAAUAAUAUGAUUUUGUUUCUGUAAAAAAAUUAAAGAAAGAAAAAAAAAUAUUACAUAUAAUAUAUAUAAAUAUGGAUAUAUAAUACAGUGUUUACCGUUCACCAGUAGACACUAAGGAGCAUUGUUUGGUCUUACAGAUGUGCAACUGGUAGAGAAAAAUAAUGAUUGUGUUGCGAUAUCUUAUUAGCGAUGCAAAAUGGUAAGCAAAACUAGCUUUCUGUGAAAUUGUAUAUUCUUAAUUUCCCCUCUAUUUAAAGUACACUUAUGAAAGGAUUAGAUUUUUUUUUUUAAUUCAGUAAAAUGGAAAAAAAAAUAUCAGAAAACUUUGUACUAUUCACAGCUACAUAAAAGUAAUUAAAGAACUAUCUAGAAAAACAAAAA